ACGCUGACUGUGAGUACGAAAACUAACUGUUGAAGUAUUCAUUGGAAAUCUCAAAAGAAGCGAUUGUGAGAAAAUCGGAAUAGAAGAAAAAUGAUGGAAAAAGUUUCAUGAUAUCUUCUAUUCCUUGAAGUUGGAAUAAAACUAUAUUUUAUCGAACGGUGCUCCCACUUUGUCGUGAAAUCUGCUGGUCGGAGACAGAACAAUCUUACCUUUUCGUGUAAUUGUUAGGCCAGCUCUGAGAAAUGGCGGAAAGAACAAAUCAGUCAAAAUAUAUAGUCCUGUUAUUUGGUUUAAUAGCAAGCAGCUUUAUCAACGGAUUAGACGUAAAUGUCAGAGAAGAUGCUACGGUUGGAAGUACUUUACUUUCUUCGUUUCCAGCCCCAGAUUCGGGUUUCGUUUACUCUGUUUUUGGCGACGGUGAUCAACUCGCAUCCAGUUUGUUUGGUGUCUCGCCAAGUGGGAAAAUAACCGUGCGAAAGAAAUUGAAUUAUGUGAACGGUGGAAGGAACAAGUACGAACUUAUUGCAGUCAGACGAAAAGAUGGUACGACAAUCGGCGGGAAAGCAGAAGUUGCUCGCAUCAGUGUUAUCGAUGUUAACGAUCAUGUACCUGUAUUUAAAAAGAGCGACUAUCAAGGACAUAUUUACGAGGGUUCUGCCGCCGGUUCCGUGGUAAGAGGACUUGAGGACUGUUUUGCCACCGAUCAAGACAGUUCUGGUGUGUCGAAGUAUCUUAUUACCAGUGGAAAUGAUGCUAAUCUAUUUGCUGCCAAAGUUAAGGAUAUUUCUGGUUUGAAGUUGCUGCAAAUCGUAACAACUCGCUCCCUUGAUCGCGAGGCUCUAGGGAACACGCCUAUCAGCCUUCAAGUCCAAGCUGUUGAUGGAGGAAAUCCUGAGAAGAAAAGUGCGAUUGCCACUAUCCGUAUUAAGGUUUUAGACAGAAACGACAAUGGCCCAGUAUUCGAUGAGACAAAUUGGAGGGCGACAAUCCAAGAAAACUCUCCCGUCAUGACUUCUGUUGUAAAAGUGAAAGCCUCUGACAAUGACGAAGGAUCAAAUAAACAGCUUUACUAUUAUUUCUCAACAGAGCAGGACGACUUUGUAAUUGACCCUUACACAGGCGUUAUUUAUGUUGCAGCACCUCUUAGUUACAACAAGAAAAACUCUUAUAACAUUAAAGUUAGUGUUACUGAUAGAGCUGUGCAAGACCCGAAAACAAGUACAAGUGAAGUUCAUAUUUCUCUUGUACAGGCCAGUAACUAUCCGCCGGCGUCUGUGACUAAUACUGCACCCCAAUUUGCAACCUCACUGUAUGAAAUCAAAGUGCGUGGGGACUUGCCUCUAAAAGCAUUUGUCCUCCUCCCUAGAGCAACUGAUUCUGAUGGCAUUGGAAACAGUAAUGGCCGUCUGUCAUUUUCAUUAUCUCCAGUCUCAACUACCAACCCAUUUACAGUAAACCCUAGAAGUGGGGCCAUCACCGUAAACAAAAAGCUACCUGCUACUCCAACAACAGUAGAAUUUACUGUUACUGCUCAAGAUGGCGGUGCUUUGAAGGCUGACACUACUGUGAGGAUUGAAAUUCGUGCAAUCAACCAGAACAAGGGGCCACCUGAAUUCAAGGAAAGCACUGUUAAUGUUGAUUUUGUUGGAGAUGCAGACAAACCUGUGUUUACAGCUGCAGCAGUAGACAGUGAUAACACCGCAUAUUCAAUUGUUGAGGGAACUGGUCUGGGUCGAUUCCAAAUCAAUGAAAAUACAGGAGUUGUCACAUCAAAAGGUGCAUUCAAAUCUUUAGCAACUUAUGAUCUGUACAUUGAAGCCAAGGACAAAAAUGAAUUUCCAAUGAGCUCCAUGAUGUACGCUAGAGUAAACAUAAAAUCAUCCAAUCAUUCUAACCCUGUGUUCACAAAAGCCAUGUACACUGGAAAUAUUGAUGAGGGGGAGAUGUCUGGUAGCUUUGUUACUGCAGUGCAUGCUGAAUUCCCAGACCCAACAAAAGUUGUAAAGUACAAGGUCACUAAUACUGCCAUUGGAGUUGGACUAAUGCUAGACCCAAACACUGGCAUUGUAACCACAGACCGUAUACUUGAUUAUGAGCUAGAUCAGAAGAAAUCACUUGAAAUUCAGGCCUAUGUUGAAGGCUCGGCUGCAACAGCCUCAACACUUGUUGAAGUCUACAUCCAAAACAAGAAUGAUGAGGACCCUUACUUCCCAAGGUCAAACAUAAACAUGCAAGUACCAGAAAAUCUUGGGUUCAUACCCAACUUGGUAUGUUUAUUUGCUAUUGAUGGUGAUGGAUCAGAAACACUAUCAUACUCCAUAAAGCAGGGCAAUACUGGUGAUGUUUUCAGGAUUGAUCCCAAAACAGGUCAGCUUUCUGUGAAAAAUCUUGACUAUGAAGCACAGUCCUCAUACACUCUGUUGGUUGAGGCAACUGAUGGAAAGAAGAGCACUACAGCGACUGUCAAAGUGAGUGUUGUGGAUGACAACUUGAAUCCAGAGCCUCCCCACUUUGGUUCAUAUAAAGAUGUCGUUACAAUUAGGGAAGGCUCAACAUCUACCGUUCAAGAUUUGCCAGUGUCCGGAGCUGCAAGCUCCUUCACAUGUGUUUUUGGUUAUGAUGUCACUCCAGAUAUUUUGAACAAGUUUAUGAUCAGAACCCAAAGCACUAGCUGCCUUGUGGAGACAACUGGGAAUAUUAAAUGGACAAAAGCAGCUCCAUCAUACAAGUUCACGAUUAGAGUGAUCAGCAAAUCAAAUGCAAUGCAGUCAACCUCUGCUGAAUUAACAGUGAAAAUACAGGAUAUUAAUGAUCAUGCGCCAGUUUUGUCUCAGACUUCUUACGCAGCUUCCCUCUAUACGUCUGCUCCAGUUGGCACCUCUGUGCUCAAAGUCUCUGCGACUGAUGAGGAUGAUGGACCAAAUGGAGCAAUUUCUUAUGCCUUCUUAGCUAGUGAUGAUGCAAACAGUUUCAACAUUGAUUCAGUUACUGGAGUUGUCAAGAUACAGAAAGCACUGCAGGCUGGCAAAGAAUACAAAAUGACAGUGAGGGCAAUGGAUAAAGGAUCUACCCCGAAACAUACAGAUGCUAUGGUGACUAUCGGUGUUCAUGCUGAUGGCACUGUGAUGCCAACAUUCGACAGCUUAGCAGACCAACAGUUUGCUUUGGAAGGAGUUUCUAGUGGUAUUGUAACCAGUGCAAAAGUGACACUCGCUGGUGCAAAUAUCGAAUAUAACAUUGUUGGUGGGAAUAAAGACAACGAAUUUGCAAUUGACAACUCUGGUACAAUCUAUGUGAAUUCGAAAGUUCUUGAUCGUGAGAAGGUGCCAGAGUAUAACUUGGUCGUCAGAGCUGCUAAACAGGGUGUUACACCUAUUUUGGUUGUCGAGAAAACUAUUCGCAUUUCCAUCAAGGACGUUAACGAUAAUGAACCAGAGUUUAAUGUGAGAGGAUCACCAGAAGUUACAAUCCAAACAAAUGCACCUAUAGGCACCGUCGUAAGCAUGUUCCGUGCAUUCGAUAAAGAUUUUGGUGAUAAUGCAAAACUGAGUUACGUCACUGAACCUGCUCCUGGUGGUGAUUCUAGUGUGCCGUUUAACGCUGGUAUCCACACUGGUAUUAUAACAACUAGCCAAGUGAUAACAGCAAAGCGUACAUAUAACAUCAUUCUGAGAGCCACCGACAAUGGACCAACAAAGAAGUCGAAGACGUUGAGCAUCAAAGUGAACAUGGUAGAUGGAAGCACGCUUCCUUCAUUCCAAGACACGCAAUAUAAAAUCUCAUUGAAGGACAACAAUAAGGCAGGGAAGCGUGUUGGAGAGGUUUCUGUUAAGGACUUCGCUCUUGGUGACUUCAUCCAAUACGAAAUCGUUUCAGGAAACGAAAACAACUUUUUCUGCAUAGAUUAUAACAGAAAAGUUUAUCUGCAAAAACCAUUGGAUCUAGACACCAUGACAACCCAAACUACUGACAUGACAGUAACGUUGAAGUUCAAGAACAGUGUGUCGUCUUCACAGCUAUUUAUAUAUUCAACAAAGGAGAACGACAAUGUUCCAGUUUUCGAGGGAGGCUCUGCUAAUGUUGUCAAGGUGAUCCCAGAAAAAGAAGUUCCAACAAAAGGAUUGCUGGUAUAUCAGUUUAAAGCCACAGACCCAGACGAUCCUAAAACUGAUAACAUCGAAUAUAGUUUCAAGCAGUUCGGAAACAGUGCAAGCAAGGCCUAUUUUGGAAUCGACUCGGUAAAUGGCAAAGUGACAUUAAAGAAACGUUUGGAUUUUGAAACACUCGACAAGCAUAUCCUCACAGUUAUGGCAAAGGAACAAGCUUCUACAGGAUAUGCGUUGAAAAAUCUGAUUGUUAAAGUGACAGAUCUCAAUGACGAGGCACCAGUAUUCAGUGUGACGGGGGGUCGCUACUACAUUCCAAAAGAUGAGAAAAAAGGUGCACGAGUUUUACAGCUGCACGCUUCUGACCUGGACAGUGGAACCAAUGGUGAAAUCACAUAUGCCCUUGCCAAUGAUAAGGACGAGAUUUUCAGCAUUGAUCCAAAGACAGGCGUCAUAACUCUGAACAAAAUCAUUGCUAAUUAUGACAGAGAAUCCUUCACGAUUACGGUGAUGGCAACUGACAAAGGAAACCCAUCGCUAACUGGCCAGGCAGCUGCCACAAUUGAAGCUGUAACGAAAGAUGGACCGCCAAAGUUUGCUUUGUCUCAGUUCAAGUUUCAAUACGAUGAAGGACAGCGGAUGAAUGGCAAAACCAAGGCAAUCAGUGUAGAUACCUUGACCUAUUCCAUACUAAGUGGGAACAAAAACAACAAAUUCAAGAUCGAUAAAGCUAGAGGAUUUAUAACGUCUGUGACGGCAUUGGAUGCAGAAGAAGGGAUGGAAUACACUCUUUUGGUUCAGGCGAAGGAUACUAGUGAGAGAACUGCAACUGCAGAGGUUCAUAUUAGUGUGAAAAACCUGAAUGAUAAUGAGCCAAUGUUCCUGAAUGCAAAGAAUGGGCUCAUUGAAAAGGUUGUGUCAAAGAGGGCAAUAGCUGGAGAAACGCUGGUCACUGUUCAAGGAGAAGAUAAGGAUGUUGGCGAUUUGCUAACGUACGAGAUAAUCGAUAAAGAUCAGAAAGAAAUAUUUGAAAUUGGUGCCAAGAAUGGCCAGAUUAAGUUAAAAAAGAACUGGGCGGAUGUUGGAGCGAAGAAGAACUUUGCAGAGUUUGAUGUGAAGGCCAGUGAUCGUGGAACACCACCAAAAACAAAGACCGUUCGUGUUCGUAUUGUGUUCGCCUAUUUCAAGCCAGAUCAUGUGAAAAUAGUCAGGUCAGUGCCCGAAGAUGCGUCAGUUUCAGCGUCAUCCGUCAUUUCUGAUCUCCCUCGUGUCUUCCCUCUUGGUGGCUACGAAAUUGUCUACCCGAAAAACCAUCCAUUCAAAAUAUCAGAGAAAACUGGUGAAAUUACUCUGAAAACAGCUCUUGACUUCGAAGUAGUGGAAAAAUACGAUCUCGUUAUUCAGGAAAAUAAUUACAAUUUGAAAGAGGACACGAGGUAUCUAAAUUACAGACUGGAGGUUAAAGUGAAGGAUGUAAAUGACAAUUCUCCUGAAUUUGAUAUGAAAAGUUUAACUGGCAGAGUCAACAAAAACGCCCGGCCAGGAACAGAGGUGAUCAAGCUUGUUGCAAAGGAUGCUGAUAGCGGUGAUGCAGGUCGUAUCUCAUUUGACAUUAUCACUGAUAAUGUGCCAUUUACAGUCAACCCUGUUACUCACACCAUCGAAGUAAGUAAACUGGCGGCCCUCACUAAGAGCCAAUACGACCUCAAAAUAGCUGCCGAGGAUAGUGGUGUACCACAGAGACGAAGCGCCAAACAGCCAGUGCUCACAAUCAAUGUUGUGAAUGAUCCUCCCCAUUUCACUGAGAGUCUCUACAAAUUCAAGGUGUCCGAGAAGGCUAACGUUGAGACCCUGGUGGGAACUGUCAGUGCCAAAAGCUUGUCAGGGAUUGCUGUGACAUACAAGAUUGAUAGUGGCAACACAAAUGACAAAUUCAGGGUCGAUGGUCAGGGCAGACUUUUUGUGCAAAGGCCUUUAGACCACGAGACAGAUCCUAGCUCGUUUACGCUUGUCGUUUCAGCGGCAGAAAUCGCGUCCAACUCUUUGAAAUCAACAACUAACGUGAUUGUUGAACUCAUCAAUGACAAUGACAAUAAUCCCAAGUUUGAAAAGCUUGUUUACCGAGUCGCAGACAUUGCCGAGGAUACACCUGUCAAUUCUUUGAUACUGACUGUAAAAGCCACUGACAAAGAUUGUGGAGAUGAAACCAAAUGCAUGCCUGGAUCGCUUAUCUACUCUACAGAUCAGUUUAAAGAUACCUUCCGACUAGAUUCUCUCACUGGUGAAAUCAGAAAUAUAAAGACAUUGGAUUACGAUACAAUAAAGAAGUACGAAUUUGAAGUAAAAGUUGAAGAUUUUGGAUUGAUAAAGCGUACUGCAAAGGCCAAAGUCAUAAUUACUCUGAAAGGGGUGAAUGACAACCCACCAGUUUUCAAUCCGAACCAUCAAAAGCUUUAUAUUGCUGAAAAGCUCCCAGCUGGAACCAAAAUCACAGUGGUGAGAGCAACCGAUGUUGAUAACGACCCACUCACCUAUUCAAUCAAAGAAGGGGACACUACCUCAUUUCAGAUUGAUAGCAAAUCCGGCCUUGUCACUCUGAAGACUUCGCGUUUGAGAGGAUGGUCAUUCCACUUGAAAAUAAGCGCUUCUGAUGGCAAGCAUGAAGGGUUCUUCAAUCUGCUUAUCAAUGUUGAUGACAACAAUAACAACCCGCCUGUGUUUACAAAAUGCAGUAGCUACAGCCCUGUUGUCGCUGAAAAUAAAGAUGCUGGAACUCUUGUCCUGAAAGUGACUGCGUCUGACGACGAUUUCGAUCGCAGUGGACAGAUUGAAUACACUUUGUUACAAGUUGGUGGCAAAACUGAUGGCUCCGGCAAGCAGACUGCGGUGGGCGGCACUGGAUCCUCUCAGACCCUUGACUUCAAUAUUGACAAAGAUGGUAACAUCAGAACUAAUGGGAGAUUCGAUAGGGAGGCUCAAAGUACGUACACGUUAAUUGCAAUUGCUCGUGACGGUGGCGAAAACAGGACAGACUUUGAGAGAAACUCUGCAGCCUGCGAGCUUAACAUCAAAGUCCUUGAUGAGAAUGACAACAAGCCUAUUUUUGCUAUUGAGAACUAUGAAGUAUCUGUAUGGCAGGGAACCUCAAAUGGUGCAGUUAUUCUAGUUACUUCGGCCUUGGACCAAGAUGAAGGACCAAACGCACAGAUUGAAUACUCAAUAGUCGAAGACAGCAGUUUGUUUUCUAUACCAGAUAAGACCAAAGGCGAAAUUCAAGUCAAAGCUUCUUUGUCAGGCAAAUUAGGUGAGUACAAUCUGAGGGUUAAAGCUGCGAAUCCAGGUACAAUUCAAGCAUCAACGGUUAAUGUGAAGAUCACUGUUGGUAACUCGAAGCCACCAAAAUUCAGUAGCACCAUUUACAGGACAAGUAUUUUAGAGUCUUUGCAGGCAGGAGCUGUGAUACCGUCGCUGGCAGUUUCUGCUACUUCACAGAACUCUGCUAAAAGUAAUGUAAUCGUCUACAAUUUGCCAAAGGGCUCCUUAGUUCGGUCAAACUUGGAUACUUUUGCCAUUGACUCGCGGAACGGACAGAUUAAAGUGGCUGGUGAGCUGAACUACGAGACGACCAAGAAUUACAUUGUUUAUGUUCAAGCCAAGGAUGAAACAAACAACAUGGUCAGCAAUGCUAUAGUGUACAUCGACAUCCUUGACGUAAAUGACAAUUCACCUAUCUUCCAUCUUUCAAAGUUCGAGUUCCAGACCAUUAACGAGGCAGAUGCUCCUGGUGCCACUGUUGGGCAAAUUUAUGCAUCGGAUAAAGAUGCAACGACCAAUGCAGAACUUGUUUACUACAUAGAGAAAGAUGAGCAAAAGAAAGACUUUGCAAUUGACAGUAAAACAGGCAUCUUAACCACUAAACGCACCUUUGACAGGGAGCAAAAAGAGACAGUCACAAUCCACGUAUACGCAAAAGACAUGGGUACCAAUUCCUUAAGUAACAACGUUUAUGUUACUAUAAAGAUUGUUGACUUGAAUGAUAAUGCCCCAGUUCUUGAUCCCAGUGUCUAUAAUGGAAAUGUAAAGGAAGACGCAACGAUCGGUUACCAGAUUUUAACGAUCACAGCAAAAGAUGCAGAUGCUGGGGACAAUGCAAAAGUCAACUUCUUUAUCACAGGAGGCAAUGAAGAUGGCUACUUCAGCACGUCUAGAUCUACGUUCAAAGCCGGAGUUAGCACUGCAAGUAUUCUUGUAGCCAAACCACUCGACAGGGAAAGAAAAGACUCGUUUAAACUUACAAUCACUGCGUCUGAUUCUAAGUUCAGUGUGACUGGUAUUGUGAAUAUCAAGGUGACUGAUGCAAACGACAAUGCCCCCGUCUUCUUGAAAGACUUCUACCUUGGCAGCAUUAAGGAGGACGUAAAAGCGGGUGUCUCGGUUACAAAAGUAGAGGCCCGUGAUGAUGAUACAGCUGCUGUCCAAGGACCAAUCCGAUACUCUCUCAGCAAAGAGGUUCAAGGAAUUUUUGUCAUUGACCCUGUCACAGGUGUUAUCACAACUGGCCCAAAACCAUUUGAUAGAGAGACCAAACAAGUCUACCGAUUUACAGUAAUUGCAUCAGAUGGAAAACACCAAGGCACAGCCAUUGUGGAAUGCACUAUCAAGGACGUAAAUGAUAAGAAGCCUUACUUCCCUGGUGCACCAUACACUCGAUACAUAGAAGAAAACAUGCCGGCCGGGACCGUUGUAGGUUAUGUGCCAGCCAAGGAUGACGAUGAUCCAAAUGAAGGAGGCAAUGCAAAGAUAAAGUACUCUAUUGUAGGCAAUGAUCAUGGGUUUGUAAUUGACUCAGCUACCGGGCUGGUUAAAACUAAGAAGUCGUUUGACCGAGAGGCAACAGGCGUGUCACCAGUGUUCAAAGUCACUGUCAGGGCCACUGAUUCCGGAAUCCCAGUGCAAGCAAACGAAACUAUAGUCACUAUAAUUGUGACAGAUGCCAAUGAUAAUGACCCCAAGUUCACCAAGAGCCUCUUCGUUGGAAAGGUAGCUGAAUGCGCCCCUGGAGGCACCAAGAUCACAACAGUAACUGCAGUAGAUAAAGACGAUAUCACAACAGUGAAUGCGCAAUUGUUAUAUUACGUCAUCAGCAGUAGCCACAACUCUGAGAAAUACUUCCAUGUGAACGGGCAAACGGGUGUUGUUACUGUAGCACAUGGCUUGGACUACGAGAGGUCUGGCAAAUAUCAGCUCAAAGUUGGUGUCAAGGAUCGCGGGAUCCCGCAGCGACCGAUAGGUAGAGAAGAGUCAACACUGGUUGAGAUAACAGUGACAGACUGUAACGACAAUCGCCCAGUUUUCAUUCCUGAUUCUUACAAAGUUUCGGUUAAGGAGAAUGUAAAAGUAGGCGAAACACUCUUGACUGUUACUGCUGUUGACAAGGACAAAGGGUCGAAUGGAGAUUUCACUUUUGGCAUUGUUGAUACAGAACUUAACUUCCAGUUCGGCAUUAGCAGUUCAGCGCAGAAUAGGAGCAAGGGAGUCAUCAAAUUGGCUUAUCCUGUUGAUAGAGAGGCAGUGUCAAAGCAUUUAUUCAAAGUGAGCGCUUCAGAUAUGGGACUGCCAAAGCAAACUGGCUACGCAACGGUUGAGAUAACUCUGAUCGAUGUCAACGACAAUGGUCCGCAUUUUGACAAGCCCGAAUACUGUGGAAGGGUUGAAGAAGAGCAGAAUCCAGCUUCUGUUCAGGUUGUCACCAAAAUCAAAGUUUCUGACCCUGAUACGACCAAAUAUAGCUGCCCGUGCAAGUUUAAAUUCAAGUCAGGAGAUACAAGCCUGUUUGAGAUGAGAAAUUCUGAUGGAAACAGCGUUGAAAUCGUGACAAAGCCAGUCAGGUUUGACAGGGAGAAGAAACGAUUGUACACCCUUUACAUUGAAGCAUCAGAUGGCGGCAGCCCACCAAUGACCAAUGUCACGACCCUUAAAGUUGAAGUUCAUGAUAAGAAUGACAAUGUCCCAAGCAGUGGUGGUGAGUUGUCUCUGCUUGUUAAUUCUUAUCAAGGCAAGUUUAUUGGUGGUGUGGUUGGUAAGGUGUAUGUCAAGGAUGAUGACAAAGGCUCGCAUGACCUUUAUGACCACACACUGACGUCACAGUCUCCUGGGAAAUACUUCAGUGUUAACAAAAAGACUGGUGAAAUCAUAGCUGCGGCAAAUGUGCCAGAUGGGAAGUAUAAGUUAGCAUUCAGAUCCAAAGAGCUCAAUCGACAGGUCGGUAGUGACCGGGGCAAAGAGGUUGUAAGCACUGUGACAGUCACUGUUCGAGCGAUAUCAGAGAAGCAGGCCAAGACAAGUGUGGCUAUUCGUAUGCAGGGUCUUGUUAAACCAGGCUCAUGUAAUGAAAUACCCUAUCCGGAAUUUGAAAAGAUACUAGCAAAAAUCUUGGGAGUACCGGUAGAACUUGUAACGGUUUUCAGUGCCCAGAGCGUCAAAGGUAUGCAUAAUGGGGUUGACAUAAGAUUCGCAGUUAAGAAGUCAGCAAAGGCUGGAUAUGCUGGUGACGAUGCAGAGUAUGUCGACAAAUCCACGCUUGUCCCAUUGUUGAAUGCAAAGAUUGCUGAAAUUGAGAAGGCAACAAAUGGGAAAGUUGAUUCGGUUGGUAUUGAUCCGUGCGCUCUAGAGACAUGUCAGGUCGGGUUCUGUUACAACGACAUCCAACCUCAAAGAACAUACAAGGUUAUAACUGACGACAAUGGCAUUGUUCCCGCCAACCCUGCAUCGAAAACGUUCAUAUCAAUCGAUGUGAAUGUAGUGGCUACGUGCCAAACUGGCCCGCGUGUACCAAAGAGCUGCAAAGACAAGCCAUGUCUCUACGGUGGAAAGUGUACUGACCUGGUAACUGGUGGGUUCUCUUGCGCAUGCACCAAACCAAGCCUCGAUGGGCCAAGAUGCGAAAUGACCAUCAAGUCUUUCAAAACGAAACAGUCUUAUUUAUGGGUGAAACCUUUGAAUUAUUUCUUCGAAGGCACAUUGCAGUUUGAGUUUGGUACCAAAGAUGCCAGUGGUCUCAUUUUGUACCAAGGUCCUGUUCACAAAAUUUCAAACAGGGAGACAAAGGACUACUUGGCUAUCGAACUCAUCGAUGGACGGCUGAGGAUCAGUGCGAACCAAGGCGACUUCUACAGAAAUUUUGUUAAACUUAUCAAUACCAAAAAUAAGCUCAACGAUGGUGUUUUCCAUAGUGUCAAGAUCUACAAGAAAGGAAAGUAUAUUAAAGUGACAAUAGAUGACUGCAGGGAUGCAGAAAUUGUUGAAACCGAGACUUCUACCAAGCAAGAUAGAGGCAGCUGCGAAAUAACAGGAGUAAUUCCCGGUAGAUUCAGAUUUAUCAACGGACUGAAUCCUCUGCAACUUGGUGGCAUGAAAAACAAAGGCCUCGCGUACCCACCAUUGACUGCCAAGGACUCCUUUGCUGGCUGCAUCCGUAAGCUCAGCGACAAUGGCAUUAUUUACGAUUUGUCAAAGACAAUCGAAGAACGUGAUGUUGGGAACGACUGUUCGUUAUUGGCUAAGUGUCCAAAAUGCUUCUUUGGUUACUGCAGGGCGACACAGUUGCCAUUUAUCUGUAUUUGCCAUUUUGGAUGGACUGGUGCUAACUGUGACAGACGCGUGAAAUCAUACCACUACAAGAAGGACAGCUACAGCCAGUACACAUUCAUCCAGCCUACUGCAUUGGCAUGGCACGACAGGUAUCGCUCAAUGUAUGAGGUUCAGAUGCAGACAAAUAUGGAUGGAAUUUUGGUGUAUGAAGGCAGCCCCACUAGCAACGGCAACCCCCGGGAAUUCAGUAUUCUAGAGGUUUACCGCAGAAAGUUGAGAUACAGAUUUAAUCUUGGAGACGGAGAAGAAAUACUGACAAUUGGAGAAUUCAAUGCUUCCGACAACAAAUGGCAUAAUGUCACAGUGGACAGAAAAGGAAAUUAUGCGGUGGUAACCAUGCACGGAGUGGGACAAGUUGCUGGAACAAAGGGAAGCCAUCAGUUGCUAGACUCAGAUGGUGUUAUCUAUACAGGUGGUGUGCCGACACGUUUUAACAUGAGGCCACCAUUUGACUUAAGAGGUUGUUUAGCUGACUUCCGUGUACGGUAUACAAACAUGGAUUCUGACACGGCAGUUGCACGAAAGAGAGUGAAUGUAGAACCAAAUGGCUGUCCAUGUAUUGGAAUUGUUUGCCUCAACGGUGGUAUAUGCGUUGCCGGAUCGCCACCAUAUUGUAUUUGUCCUCCUGGUUACAAAGGACUUUAUUGUGGCGAGUCAGUAGUCAAGCCAGAAGCAGGUGCAUUGGCAGUUGUAAGCAAAGACGGUUACCUUGUGAUGGCGGUCCUGCUAGUUGUAUUCUUGCUCGUACUUGUAUUAGCUGCACUUAUGCUUGCAUCGAAAUUCGCUGGAAAGAAGACAGUACCAGUAUACGUCGACGAUGACCCUAGGGACAAUAUCAUGCCCUACCACGAUGAAGGUGCUGGUGAGGACGAUUUCCAUAACUAUGAUCUUGAGAAACUCCUCAAACAUGCGGGUGCGGCUCGUAGUGCUGGGCUAGCCAAUGGUUCAGCUGGUGGCGGAGGCGCAAAAGAUGUUGAACAAGAAGCACUGCUCACUCGAGAGGAUGUCGAUUUUGUGGCUGCAGGUGCCGUUUCCAUGCGGCAGAAGAAAGCCCGCUUUGAAGGAGCUAAUGUAGAGAGUGUAGACGUAGCACGAUUUAUAACGUCAAGGCUUGAAGAAGCAAAUGGUGAAGAUGCUGCCUACCCACGUGACACGCUCCUUCACUACGGCUACGAAGGGGAAGGCUCCGAUGUUGAUGACCUCAGUGAACUUGGAGACAGUGAGGACGAAAGCGAUGACGAUGACGCCGAUUUCGGAUUCCUGGGAGAGUGGGGCACAAAGUUCGACAAUCUUAAUAAAAUUUUCAAUCCCCCGACACAAGAAUUCGACGAGGAUGUCUGAGUGAUUUCCCGCCGCUGAUUCACUUCCAAGUUGUUUCUUACUCGAAUGAGUAUUGUUUAGCGUUUCAAGGUUAAUGAACUUGCCCUGAGCAAAGUAGCUUUAGAAAGCAGAGAGCCUCGCUAUUGAGAACUUAGAGAUGCCAUUUGAACAAGAGGCCAGACUCGUUUUGUUUUUGUAUUGAAUUUUAAGUUAGAUUAGAUUACUAAUGCAGCACUGGUAACAACCUUGUUUGAGGACAAUGUUGAAGACGAUAACAUAGCGCUUGAAUAAAUUAUGCAUAUUUUAGCAUUCUUGAUAAGAUUUUUUUAUUGCAUAAUGUUGUUGAUAAAAGGAUGUAAAAGGGGGCCGAAUCUGUCCAUAUAGAAAUCUGGACAACAACAAGGGGCUCUAACCCGUCAUUGCUAUGGUACUGUUAUAUUGCAUAUAGGCUGCUUACCCUCGCUGUUAGCCUGUCUUAUGCCGUUUUACAACAGUGUUUGUCAGUGGUCGUAGUUGUAUUGUGAAAUCCUUGUAGUGCUGGAAUAUUUUGUUGCACUUUUAUUUAAAUAAAACUUUUUUGAUCCGUUAUUUUAUUUGUUGAACAAAUUGAGUCGUAUUCGUCGUUUUACAGUAUGUAGAAAUUGAAAGUAGGAAAUAUGUGAACUUUUAAAAUAGUGUAAUUGUUUUGAUUAGUUUCCGAUUGUAAAAAAAGACUUAUUUAAUAUUUUGCACUCAUAGAAGUAGCUAGUUUUAUCUUUGAUUACUAUUGUGUGGUGCUUUACAUUGUUAAGAAAGGAUGCAAAAUCGUUUAUUACACCAAUCGCCAAUAUGUGUACAUCUGGUACAUGAUAAGCUAAAAGUUCGGGAAAAGCAUGGCAUCGCUAGAAAAUACAUCGACCACUUACAGAAAAUACCUUGCCAAGUCACUUUUUAAAAAUUGUCUGCAUUUGCACUUUUAGAAUUUCGCAUCCUGCAUUUUUGCGUCUGAUCUUCCUAGAUUAAUUGAUAAUUCCAUUUUUGCACGAUCACGAGAAACGUCGUGUAUAUCAUCCAGUCCAGGGUAUGUUUACGGAACACAUCUCUAGCGCUCAACAGCAAUGCCACCUUGUUUGGCAAAACCCCUCUUGUCGUGAAGAGCUCUCCUUUGGUUGUUUGACUCAAAGCCUGUUAUGAACCACUGCCAAUGAUUAGUACAUCCCUUACUUUAAUAUUUUCCAUUAAAUGUUUCCUAAGAAUAAGCCUGGAUGUGUGUUGGAUUUAAAAUACACUGGCAGUAAUCGAUGGAAACUUGUUCGUUUUAGAGAUAAAAAUUGCUUUAUUUGUUACGAAAACUCUUUA